UAAAUAAUUCUCGCGCAAUAAACUUUGGUAAUAUCUUCUUUCGAAGUCGCGGUAUAUAUCGGUACCGCCAUGGUUGUACCAUUCGCCCGGGGAACAAUAAACAUGACAAUGGUACCAAGGCCGAGACGCUAUUUUCUCUGCAACGCGAGUAUUUUUUUUUUUUUUUUUUUGUUUUCAAGAGAACCACGAUAACGAAAAAUAUACUUCGGCGUGGUGUGGUUUAUUGUCAAAGAAAAAUCACGUUUAAUUGAAGCUAGAAAUUAUUUAUUCAAAAACGUGUUAAAAUAAGUGGGUACCUACUGGUUCCAAUAUCGUUGAAUAUUUUGCACAGAAGGCAAUUUCGUGUUCUCAGGUCACUCACGACACAAACCUUUUGUCCAGGUACCAUUUUGUCAAUCAAACACGUCACAUUUAUGUUUUUUUUGUCUAGAUUUUUUUUUUUUUAAAUGUCCAGACCAAGCGUAAGAGGCGAAGAACCAGAAGAUAGCAACACCGAAAAUUAUCAAGAACUUAUAGUCGAUAAUUUGACGGAGGAAGGUUCUCUUGAAGCUCUCGAAGACGAUUAUGUUCCUCCUGAUACAAUUUCUCCAGUUCGAUAUUCAUUACAACAUGAUUUUUUUGAACAACCACAUAAGGAAGAAAAAUUUGGAGAUAUUACUGGCAUGGAAGAUGAUGAAACUAGAACAAUAAGCAGUGGUGAAACUAGCCAAGAGCGAGUUAAGAUGGUUAGCAUAAACGUUGAAGAAAUUGAUGAUGAAACGGUAGACGAAGAAGACGAUUCAUAUUCCCCUAGAUUAUCUACGUAUAGCGAUUCAAGUAAAAUUCGCCCAAGCAUCAAUUACGACGUGAGACGUCGCCUGGUCUCAACUGUAGAAGAAGACAUGGAAAAGCUUUUCUCCUUAAAACAACCAGACAACAUUAUACUUUUUGACGAUACCCAAGAAUCAGAAGAAGCUGAAUCCGAAGCCACAAUAGUCGAAGAAGAACAAGAACAUUUCGACCGCACUCCAUACUAUGAACAAUACGAUAAGUUAGUUGACGAAUCAGACUUUAAUAGACCUAAAAAUAAUCUCCUACAAAAACUCAUCAUCAUGUAUUUGAAACGAAGAAAAACUGAAAAUAUACUCAAAGAUUUGGAACCUCCGAUGGAUCAAACAAUGAAAUAUGGCCAAAAACUGGACGCAUAUCGCGAAAUGAUGGAUAUUAACGUCGAGCAAAGGGCCUCGGUGGCUGAAGAUGUUGAAACGUUGAGGCAAAAGCGAAAUUUGAAAAUUCAAGACAUUAAACAUAUAUUAAAGAUGAUGCAAAAUAGAGAGAGCAAUGUGGGACAUGGCCUUAUCUAUGCUAAAACAGGAAGUCAAAUUUCUGAUAAGUUGGUUGACAGGUUGCUGAAAAGACAAACAACUUUAAUCGAGCAAGUUUCUUCAAUGAGAUUGAGUUUUAUUAAAUUAAGAGAUUUAGUCCAAGAAAAAAUCGAAAAAAUCACCAAACUCGACACGUUAGAAAACAAUCUCCUUUUGGCCGAUUACGAGCAGCUCAAAGUUGAAAAUCGAAGUCACGCUGAUAAACUAGAAGAACGCGACGAAGAAUUGGCCAGAUUACGAACAAAGUGUACAAACACGAUUCAAAUUUUGGCCCACGUAAGAGAAAAAUCGUUCGCUUUGGAGGCGGAUUUGCAAGAAGAACGAGAAUCGUUUUCAGACGUUGACUACAAGAUUCGAGAUCAAAGAGAGACUUUGGCUUAUCUCAAACAUACCAGGGAUGAAUAUAGGCAAAUGACGCGAAAACUUAAAGAUAGUUCAGGGCUUUUAUUGAAACCUGCUCUUUUAAUUGAUAUGGAGGAGUCUCAAGAGGAAUUUUUGAGUUUGGAAGAGGAAAUUAUUGAAUGCAAACAAGAUGUGGAUAUUAAAAAAAGUAGAGUGCGAAAACUAAGGAGACUAAUAGAGGUUUUAAAACAGGCAAAAAAGGCUGGUGAAUUCAAGAAAAUUGAGUGUUAUAAAAAACUAAUAAAGCAAAAAAGUCUUACUAGUAGUAGUAAUACUAGUAAGGAACCAUCAGUGAAAUCAGAGCCAGCAAUAGGAAAGUUCAAACUGACUGGGAUUUACAAAACAAGGCCCACAAUGUACAUUCCUAUAUUUGAAGAAGACGCUUUUGAUGGAAUUUUGAAAAUUCGACCUCAUCCUAAAGUGUUCAAUAGAAAAAAAUAAUAAAUAAUUACGCUUCUAAAACAAUUCAAAGUUUUUACUUAUUAGUGGAAUAUUUUGACAGGUUCUACAAGGAAGUCCAAUAAGCUAUUUGUC